GAUGAGCAGAGCGAACUGUCAUUUAGGGUCAGGGCGUUGAACACCGAUCACCGAAAGAAAAUCUAGGCGAAUGUAAACAAGUAGGCGUAAACCCUUGAGAACAGAUAAAGGUUAUGGGAUACCUGUAUUAAGAACUGCCUCUUGAACGUUAACGUGUGUAUCUCAUGUGAGAAAAUGAUAGAGCCAGUGAUACAAGAGAGAAAAACUGAUGUUUCAAGAAAACUUGAGAAGGAGAUGACCCAGUUGGGGAUUCUCCGGGAUGUCUUGUCACGGUCAGGCCAUGUAGCAACAAAUGUUGGCAGCAUUCUGGACUCCUUCGAACAUCGAUUAGCACGUCUGGAGACAACAAUUUUGCCUGUUUAUCAGCAAACAGGAAAUUUACAACGUCGACAAGCAAACUACAUUAUUUGAAGCUGGGACAGAUGCUCUAAGCAAAGAGUUCAGAGAUGAAUUGAAAAAGUACCAAAAACCAGUUCCACCUGUUGUCACCAUAGAAUUAUUAGAUGAGGAAGAACUUUCUGAAGAUACAAUCAGUGGGGUUGAACUUGUACCUCCUGGAGUACGUGAAGACCUAAGAGCUAUAGCAUCGUGGCUGGAUAAACAUGGCAACACUGAUAGACUAACAGUUUAUGCUAAAUUACGAUCAGAUGCCCUUUCACAGAGUUUGCAGGCUCUGAGAGAUCAUCAAAGGAGCAGCAGCAUAGAACGAGGUGGUAAUCCUGGCUCUCUUAAUUCUCCUGGUCCUCUACGAACUAGAGUAGCUAAAAUGGACACGUUGCCCAAAAGCCGAACAGAAAAAAUAUCAAAUAGGGCUAAUCGUAUGCUGAAGAAAGCUAUGGCAGGACAACUUGCUUCUCGUAGACAAGGUUCUCCUGGACAUGCAUCGUACUCCCUGCAUGGCACCCUCUCACCUCAGCAUGCAACAACUCCUGGAAUUGCUGGAGAAGAAGGGCUUGAAGAUAGUGAUGUUGAACUGUACUUGAAUCAGGUGACGGCACUACAACGAUUGGCAUUUGCAGAGCUGCUUUUAGCUCAGCAACUUGUACCAGAGGAUAGAGUAACUCGAACGUUUGAAUUGAUUUUAAGGGAUCCAAUGGACCAGUUAGUUGCUGAAGGAGAGAAUUUAGCAGCACAGGCACGUAGAAGUGUUGGGAGAGGUGACCACCAGGCAGUGCUCUCUAUUUUAGCCAUGCUACGACAUGUAACCAGUAUGCAACCAGAAUAUGAUCGCCUCCUUACAAAUUGCCAGACUUCAAUACGGUCCAAGUUUGCUGCAAUCAUCAAUAUGCUUCAAGAUACGUGUGUCAAAGCACUUGAUGGUUUUGUUGAAAGUGUCAAGAGUGAUGGUGAGAGAGCACUGCCCAAAGAUGGCACUGUACAUGAAGUCACAAGCAAUGCCCUCAUAUUCACUGAGCAGCUACUUGAAUAUGCUACAACCCUUUCCCCAAUGCUCCAGCGGGAUCCUAGUAUAAGUGCUGGUGUUGCAAAUCUUCCUCGAGGAGUUGAUCAGAGCCUAUUAGCAAAAGCACUUCUUGGUGCUUACAUAAAGCGAGUUUUGGUUAACCUUGGAUUGGCACUUGUAAGUAGGAGUGAAGCCUAUGGGGAUCCUACAUUGAGAGCUGUGUUCCGUCUUAACAAUUAUAACUAUAUUCUGAAGACACUUCAUAGCUCUGAAUUACUGAAUCUUGUGUCCUUGAUUGAGCCUCAGUGUGAUAAAUUAUACAAUGAUCAGAUAAUGGAACAAAAAAGGUUAUAUUCACAGAGCUGGAGUAGAGUUCUUCACUAUUUAGUGAAUCAUGAAGAUGUUCCCCUAUCUGUAAUUCAAGCAGGAAAAUUGAGGGACAGGGAUCGUCAGCUUAUCAAGGACAAGUUUGCAGGAUUUAACAGAGAAAUUGAAGAAAUGUCCAAGGUGCAGCGCAGUUACUCAAUACCAGAUAGAGAACUGAGAGAGAGUUUGAAGAGAGACAAUAUGGAAUAUAUCCUUCCGAAAUACCAGGCUUUUUAUGACAAAUAUUUGAAUGUUGCCUUCACCAAAAACACAGAGAAAUAUAUUAAGUACUCUCCAGCAGAUGUGUCUACAAUGGUAGACAAGUUCUUUGAUGUUGCUGCGUAAAAGGAAUUUAUAUAGGUAGAGUAGUAUUAAUAGAUAGAAUAACUAGACCACUGUUUAUAAAGCUUGUAAAACUUUAACUUAUGUUCAUAAUUCUAUAGUGUUAAUUGGGAGUGAAGCCCAAGUUGUAGGUUUUGUUGGUACAUCUACAAAAAAUUUGUUCUCUUUAAAUAACAAUGUUUCAGUGUACACAUCAGAACUAUCUGAAGUAUAAUCAGCAGUUAGAGUGCUAAAAACUCACCAGUAUGGCAAUUUUAUUUUAACAGACUGGAAAAAUAAUAAUCAUGAAAAGUACAACCUUUAAAAAAUUAUAUUUAUAAAUCAUAAAUCACAUAUAAAACUGUUGAAAAAUGUUGAAUCCUGAUCAAUAGGUUUGUUUGUUUGUGCAGUGAUUUUAUGUUGCAUUGAACCAGUGGUUAUUCAGCAAUGGGACUAACGGCUAUAUGUAACUUCCAAACCAUGUCGAGAGUGAACUAAUAUCACCAGAAAUAUAAUCUCUCACCCCUCAGUAUUAAGAUCAGCUUAUGCUAUUAUCAGUGGCAUGGAAUAAUGAAUGUGUUAACAAGUAAUUAGACCAUAAUAUAAGGCCACCAUUAGGCUGUUGUAUGUAUUCUUAGUUUUUAAGAAAAUGUCACAUCAAAGUAAUAAUAUCUCAUUUUCACAUUGAUUAUAUUCAUUUGAUUAGUGAGUAUUCAGUGAUAACUUACAUGACCCAAUUUCUAAAUGCAGCAUAACACUAAUAGUUAUAUAGUGUUUAUGUAGUUGUCCAAAUUUCAGCCCAUAGCAAACGUCAAGUUUUGGAAGAAACUGUUAGAAUCUUUUUGUGCAGUUAAGAUUAUGAAGUAUUUACAAGUUGCAGUUGAGUAAGCUUUAAUUUUUGUAUCUAAGAACCUGUUGUGUCAGUCCUAUUUGCAUAUUUUUAUUUUGUGGUCUGUUUAGUCUGUCUAAUAAUAUUAAUAACAAUGGGAAAUUA